GCAAACAAUAAGUUAAAGAGUAUAGGUGGAACAGCCAGGUGGAGGAGGCCUUUGGUUAAACAGAAACCCGGGGAAGAGGAGGCAAGAGUAACGCACUGGACGCACACUAUGCGCAGGAGUUACCAUUCGGAAAUAUGUACGUGAGUUAUCUUUUGGAGAAGGACACCAGCAUGUACCCAAAUUCAGUGCGACAUCCCAGCCUAAACUUGAACCAUCAGAACUUUGUUCCCGCACCUCCGCAGUAUUCGGAUUUCAGCGGAUACCAUCAAGUUCCUGGGAUUAACAAUGACCCCCACCACAGCCAGACUGGGGCCUGGAACCCCGUUUACGCACCGCCGACCCGGGAAGACUGGUCGCCCUAUGGGCCAGGUACAGGACCGUCCACAUCGAAUCCGGGAGCAAUUGGCUAUAGCCCCCCAGAGUUCUCUCCAGUCCCACAACCCGGGCUUCUCCCGUCGUCUAUCAACUCAUCUGUAGGUCAGCUCUCUCCCAUUUCUCAGCGCAGAAACCCUUAUGAUUGGAUGAGGCGGAGCGCGCCACCGGCAAAUUUAGGUGGUAAGACACGAACGAAAGACAAGUAUCGGGUGGUGUACACAGAUCACCAGCGCUUGGAGCUGGAGAAGGAGUUUCACUAUAGCCGCUACAUUACCAUCAGGAGGAAAGCAGAGUUGGCCACCUCUCUCUGCCUCUCAGAACGACAGGUGAAAAUCUGGUUUCAGAAUCGGCGUGCCAAAGAGAGGAAAGUGAACAAGAAGAAGAUGCAACAGCCUCAGGCAGCGUCCACAACAACACCUACUCCACCCAGCAAUGUUGCCAUGGUGACCAGCAGCAGUGGCGGCCUAGUGUCUUCAUCCCUACAAAUGACUAUCAAAGAAGAAUACUGAGGACGGAGGUCUGACGUGAAGACAAAAAAGAAGACUUUGUGCCAAUAUCUAACCUCUGCAAUAGAGACCCCAGUCAACAGCUUGAGUAACAUGGGGACAAGGCACAUGCAGAGGUCAACACCUACAGAGAAAAAAUAUUUGUAAAAGACUGGCUGCUGUUUCCUGCGCUUUUGUUUUUGGAAAAGGACAAGACAGACCAACACGAACGUUGGCUGUGCGCAAUAGAUUACGUGCUGGGGGUUUCGACGAACGGUGGCGAUUCCACGUCGAAUCAUCGGGAAAUGGAUAGAAAAUGAAGGCCCAUGUUCUGUGGUCAGAGGCGGUAGGACGGCCACCCACUGUGCACAUGUUCAUGUUGGUCCGUCUUGUGAAAGAGAGACAAAGAACUGAGAAAGAGAAAAGCUAUAAAUAUAUAUAAAUAUUAAACUGUUGUCUUUUACUGUUAUCAUGGCUUCUAUUGUUUCUUCUGCUGAUACUGGAAAUACCUGGAAAUGGUUCUGAUCCCACGCAAUAAUAAUAAUAAUAAUACGUGUAUAUUUUCAAAGUAAUUUGUAUUAAAAGCUUUAUUGUAA